AAGAAUAGAAAUAGUAGAACAAUUUUCAAUGUGGAAUGGAAUCUGGAGCUACAAAGUCUACAACAGUAAGAAAAAGAAAAAGAAAAAAAAGAGAUCAGUCAUUACUAAUAUAGACCAAGUAGUCUCACAGAGCGACUGAGAGAAACUCCGACAAUUCGGGCCAAAAUAGAGAAACAAACAAGUACCCGAAAUUCAACCUCGUCCAAACUCCAAUUCAUAUGCAAACCGUGUCUUGUCGUUUCGUGUCGUUUAUAGACUCCGACUGUGAGCUUUUCUUUCUUUUUAAUAAUUAAUAUAUAAAAAAGAAAGACUGAGAGAACUUGGAAGUUCCUGUGUUCUGUUCUGUUCUGUACUUGUGUGUAUGUAACUGUAAGAAAGAACUAAAGAAGAAGAAGAAGAAGAAGAGUGAACAGUGAAUAGUGAUGGGUUGCUUACACUCCAAAACCACACACCUUCACUCCCCAGAUGACCCUUCUUCCCUACCCGACUCCAAUAAACCCGACCCUACAGGUAAUGGGGAUGAAGUUAAUGAAGAGCUCCAAGUCCCAGCAUUCAAAGAGUACGGACUCAAUGAGCUCCGCAAGGCCACCAAUGGGUUCAGCACUGAUUACAUUGUCUCCGAGAGUGGAGAGAAAGCUCCCAAUGUGGUUUACAGAGGCAAGCUCGACAGCAACCGCUUAGUCGCUGUCAAACGCUUCUCCAAACAGUCUUGGCCUGAUGCUCAACAGUUUGUGGAAGAGGCGGCCGGAUUGGGAAAGAUGAGGCAUAAGAGAUUGGUGAAUCUGAUUGGUUGCUGUGCUGAAGGAGAUGAACGACUUUUGGUAGCUGAGUACAUGCCCAAUGAUACUCUGUCCAAGCAUCUCUUCCAUUGGGAUAAGAAGCCACUGCCAUGGGAAAUGCGUGUUAGAGUUGCAUAUUUUAUUGCACAGGCACUUGAUCAUUGUAAUACUGAAAAUCGGAAAAUUUAUCAUGAUUUGAAUGCAUACAGAGUUCUUUUUGAUGAGGAUGGUGACCCUCAUUUGUCUAGUUUUGGUCUUAUGAAAAAUAGUCGAGAUGGAAAAAGCUACAGUACUAAUUUAGCUUACACUCCGCCUGAGUUUUUACGGACAGGAAGGGUCAUCCCAGAGAGUGUGAUCUACAGUUAUGGAACAGUUUUGUUGGACCUCUUAAGUGGGAAGCAUAUUCCUCCAAGUCAUGCGUUGGACCUGAUAAGAGGGAAAAAUGUGUUACUGUUGAUGGAUUCAUCAUUGGAAGGACAGUAUGCCAAUGAUGAUGCUACUAAAUUGGUUGAACUUGCUUCAAAGUGUCUUCAGUCUGAGCCUAGGGAUCGGCCUGAUACAAAGUUUCUUCUAGCAGCAGUUACACCACUUCAAAAGCAGAAAGAGGUGGCAUCGCAUGUUCUAAUGGGCCUAUCUAAAAAUACAGUGGUGAUGCCAACUAUGCUCUCCCCCCUUGGGAAGGCUUGUACAAGGAUGGAUCUUACUGCUGUGCAUGAUAUUUUGCUAAAAACAGGGUAUAAAGAUGAAGAGGGUGCAGAAAAUGAGCUGUCAUUUCAAGAAUGGACGCAACAAGUGCAGGAAAUGUUGAACACAAAGAAAUUUGGGGAUAUUGCAUUUAGGGACAAGGAUUUCAAGAGUGCAAUUGAGUAUUAUUCGAAGUUAGUAGUAAUGAUGUCGGUUCCCUCGGCUACUGUCUUUGCAAGGAGAGCCUUCUCAUAUUUGAUGAAUGGCCAAGCAGAACUUGCCUUGAGAGAUGCCAUGCAGGCUCAAGUGUGCAUACCAGAGUGGCCAACUGCAUUCUACUUGCAAGCUCUUGCACUCUCAAAGCUGGGAAUGGAAACUGAUGCACAGGACAUGCUCAAUGAUGGGGCAACCUUUGAAACAAAGAGACAAAAUAGCUGGCGCGGCUAAAUUCUGAGAUUGUUAAUAUACUUAAAUUUCAAUCAGUCCUUAGUCAUCAUAGUGCUGUGAGAAGAUUGUCUAGAAUAGAAAGAUUAAUGUGGUAGGGAAAAAUGAAUAGUGGUAGUAGUAGAUGUUUUCAGGAAAUUCUAACAGAUAUUGUGUUGCCAACAUAGUUGAAAGUUUGAGCAAUGUAUGAAUGUAAUUUCUCAAAAGAUAAAAAAUAAGUUUUUGAUUUAUCAGUUACA